AUGAAGUACAUUGCUGCCUACGCCUUGUUAGUUUUGGGAGGUAAAACCGACCCAACCGUCGCUGAAGUUGAGCAUGUCCUAAAGGAAGCCGGAAUCAAGGCUGAAACUGAGCAUACUGAGAGACUCGUUAAUGCACUCAAGGGUAAAGCUUUCCACGAAUUGGUUGCCUCUGGAAAAGCCAAGAUGUCUCAAAUGGGAUCUGUUGUCUCCGCCCCAGCUGCUGGAGCACCCGCCGCUGCUGCUGCUAAAGUUGAAGCUAAGGUCGAGGAAAAGAAAGAAGAAGAAGCUGAUGUUGAUAUGGGAGGUCUAUUCGGUGAUGACUACUGA